AUGGCUGCGCGCCGCGCAGCCACCCUUGCCUGCUCGCUGCUGCUCCUGUCCGCCGCUCUGCUCCGCCGCGGCUGCCGGGCGCGCUUUGCCGCGGAGCCCGACUCGGAGCACGACGAAGAGGAGCCGGAGGUUUUCCCCGAGUCGCCGGUUCAGAGACCCACGGUGCUAGUGGCCAUCCUCGCCCGCAACGCUGCGCACGCGCUGCCUCACUUCCUCGGCUGCCUGGAGCGGCUGGACUACCCUAAGAGCAGGAUGGCCAUCUGGGCAGCCACUGAUCACAAUGUGGAUAAUACAACAGAAAUACUCAGGGAGUGGUUGAAAAAUGUACAGAGAUUCUAUCACUAUGUCGAGUGGAGGCCUAUGGAUGAACCAGAAUCUUACCCUGAUGAAAUUGGACCAAAGCAUUGGCCAGGCUCCCGUUUUGCCCAUGUGAUGAAACUACGGCAGGCGGCCCUUCGAACUGCGAGGGAAAAAUGGUCAGACUAUAUUCUGCUCAUAGAUGUCGACAACUUCCUGACUAAUCCACAGACCCUCAAUCUAAUGAUUGCAGAAAACAAAACCAUUGUGGCACCCAUGCUGGAGUCUCGGGGCCUGUACUCUAAUUUCUGGUGCGGAAUCACACCUCAGGGCUUCUAUAAACGCACCCCAGACUACCUUCAGAUCAGAGAAUGGAAGCGGAUGGGCUGCUUUCCCGUUCCCAUGGUUCACUCCACCUUCCUAAUUGACCUCAGGAAGGAGGCCUCUGACAAGCUGAUGUUCUAUCCCCCGCACCAGGACUAUACCUGGACCUUUGAUGACAUCAUCGUCUUUGCCUUCUCCAGCAGGCAAGCAGGCAUCCAGAUGUACCUCUGCAACCGAGAGCACUAUGGCUACCUGCCCAUCCCCCUGAAGCCCCAUCAGACCCUGCAGGAGGACAUCGAGAACCUCAUCCAUGUGCAGAUAGAAGCAAUGAUUGACGGUCCUCCAGUGGAACCCUCCCAGUUUGUUUCAGUUGUCCCUAAAUAUCCAGACAAGAUGGGAUUUGAUGAGAUUUUCAUGAUCAACCUCAAGCGCAGAAAGGACAGGCGGGACCGGAUGUUACGCACCCUGUACGAGCAAGAGAUUGAGGUCAAGGUUGUCGAGGCUGUGGAUGGAAAAGCACUCAACACAAGUCAGCUGAAGGCCCUGAAUAUUGAAAUGCUGCCUGGAUAUCGAGAUCCCUACUCCUCUAGGCCUCUCACCAGGGGUGAAAUCGGCUGCUUUCUCAGCCACUACUCUGUCUGGAAAGAGGUGAUUGACCGAGAGCUGGAGAAGACUCUGGUUAUUGAGGAUGAUGUGCGCUUUGAACAUCAGUUUAAGAAGAAGCUGAUGAAGCUGAUGGAUGACAUUGACCAGGCUCAGCUGGAUUGGGAACUGAUUUAUAUUGGCAGGAAGAGGAUGCAGGUGAAAGAGCCCGAGAAAGCGGUACCCAAUGUGGGAAAUCUGGUCGAAGCUGACUACUCCUAUUGGACGCUGGGCUAUGUCAUCUCUCUGGAAGGAGCACAGAAGCUGGUUGGAGCCGAUCCCUUUGGGAAGAUGCUGCCAGUGGAUGAGUUCCUGCCCAUCAUGUACAACAAGCAUCCUGUAGCUGAGUACAAGGAGUAUUAUGAAUCCAGGGACCUGAAGGCCUUCUCCGCCGAACCCUUGCUCAUCUACCCCACACACUACACAGGCCAGCCGGGGUAUCUGAGUGACACGGAGACCUCGACCAUCUGGGACAAUGAGACAGUGGCCACCGACUGGGACAGGACCCAUUCCUGGAAGUCCCGGAAGCAAGGUCACAUCCACCGCAACGCCAAGAACACAGAGGCCCUGCCGUCACCAACCUCCCUGGACGCUGUGCCUUCGAGGGAUGAGCUAUGA